AUGAAAUCCCGGUCGUUGUUGCGUUUUGGCGCCAAACUUGAGGAUACCGACAUCCAACACGCCUCUCUUGGGGAGCUAAGAAGUGUGAUGAUGCUGCAGGCGAUGAAGUUUGAAAAUCGGGACAUGCUCCGGGAGUACCGUUACCUUGGCUUGGACGAUGGCAGCACUGCCAUCAGGGCCAGUCUUUGCGUCGAAGUCGGAGAUCGUAGCAUCUUCUACGAUGUGAGAGACCCGGAAUGUCCUCCUCAAGGAGCUAACAACGGACAAGAUUUCGACUUCCCCUCGGCGCUCAAACCAUCCACAGGCCAGACAGGCCACGACGCGCUUCGCGCAGGUGGAUGGCUGAGUGUUAAAUUUCUCAUCUACGAACUUGUUCGACGAGCUACCGACGACGCCAAAGUUGACAAGGAUGUCCAGUCGCUUCUGAAAAAAACAUUCAAAGGCGACCUCAUUCUAAAGCAGAAGGAGCGAGAAGAACUUACCACAGACCAACUUCGUGCGCACGUCGUGGAGUGUUUACGAAAAGUUGCCAAGGCUACCCAAGACACGUGUGAUCGAGAGGGUCUAUCCUAUGACCGCAUUGCUGUCACGCUCCCCGUCACAUGGAACACGCCGCCGUUCCAGACAAUGUAUGCAGGCAUUCUGGAGGAAGCGUUUCCGAACAUCACUCCCGAAAACUUUGUAUUUAUCUACGAAGCAGAGGCCGUGGGUCAUUAUCUCCUACACGGUCAUAUAAGGGGCAUUCUGCAAAGACCAGAGGGCGACGAGAAGUACCCGCACAGGGUUAUGGUUGUGGACUUUGGCGGCCACACUGUGAAUGGCGUUACGUUCCAUCUGAGAUGGAAUGAGCAAGAAAAGGAAAACUCCAAGCCUGCUUUCUUCGCCACUCAGAAACCCUGGGGCGCUCCCGGAGGAUCAGAGCUUUACGCACGAGAAGUUGAGAAGGCACUCCGCAAGGAUCCGGAAUGUACCAAAGGUAGCCAGGAUGAAGUUGAAGAAUGCGUCAAGGGGUUCAUGGAGUGCCUGAAGCUGAAGCAGGGUAACCACGACGGCACAGCCUUUACCCUCGUCUGUGACAAAGAACCACAUAUCUGGCAGCCUACUGGGCCCGCGGACGCCGCACGACUAUACAAGAGAGCAUUCGAUAGACCUCUCAAGGAAGUCCACACCAAGAUCACUGCCAGAAUGGGCAGAGCGGUACCGACAACUGUGGUUCUUACGGGCGGCAGCUACUUGAAUGCGGCUGCGCGUGCAGCCACAAUUACCAAAAUAGACAGCCAACCCGGAUGGAAAUACAUUGCGCUGUCCGAAAUACGCGCAGUCUCGGACAUGCGAUUGGUGGUUGCCCAAGGUGCGGCCUUGGCUCUCUCAAAAGCAACGUCUGUUGCGGAAUUUAUGAAGCAGGGUGCUGCUUUUGCCCUCCACUCACCGAGUCUGAAGGGCCCAGAUGGCCUGGCGACGCCAAAUAUUCCGACUUACAAGAAGCAGAACUGGGAAUUUGAUUUCCAUCUCCGUACCGAGUCUCGCAUGAGAGUCAGAUGUGAACCUUUUCAUCGAGGGACCAUGGAGAACCUGAAAGACCCCGCCAAACGGCGCAUUGAAGUUUAUAAUGCCUACGACUUUCUUGACCUCGGCUCCCGGAGAAAGGGAUCUUACAGGAUCUCAUUGGAACACGUCCGGGAAGACAGCAAGGACUUUAUGGUACUGCGAGAGAAGGCGGAGGAAGAUGACGGUGACCCGGACAGCCCCGAGGUGCACGAAUGGAAGCUUCCGGUCUACGUCGACAUCGGCCAGUGUGUUCUUAUGGUGGAUCAGGAUGAAUUCGACCUGCAGAAGUUGAAGCGGGAGUGA